CAUCGCGGUGAUUUUAUGUACGCCGGAAAUGUAACAAUUGACGUUGACGUCCGCGAAUCUACAGAUGAAAUUGUGUUGCACACGAAAGAGUUGAAAAAUUGUACUAUAUUUGUUUAUGAUCUUGGAACUGGUUUACGCUUAAACGAUCUCACUUAUAGCUAUGACGCGAAUAACAGUUUUUUGAUAGUACAUGCCCAUGAAUAUUAUCAAGUGUUUGAGGCCGGUUUCAAGUAUCGUUUAGAAAUACUUUACGAGGGCAUUAUAAAUGAAAUUUUCUUAGGUUUAUAUUGGUUGCAAUAUCAAAAUAAUGAAAAUGAGGCAGUAUAUCAGGCAGCGACACAAUUUGAACCAACAGGGGCUCGAUUAGCUUUCCCCUGUUAUGAUGAGCCAGCCUUUAAAGCAAAUUUUUCAAUUUGCUUAACUCAUGGGAACACUUAUCAAGCAAUUUCUAAUAUGCCUGUGCGAAGUAUUCAACCUGGGACUACCGAUAAUCAAUUAACAACUUGUUUUUAUACAACCCCGCCCAUAUCAACAUAUCUGGUGGCUUUUGCCAUUUCAAAUUUUGGUUAUAUAACCGCAGAAUAUCGUGGUUUAACUCAACGCCUUUAUACACACCCUUCAACUAUUAAUAAAGGGGAGAAGCAAUUAAAUGCCUCGGUUCAUAUUCUUGCCGCCAUGGAGGAUUUCUUAGGUCUUAAUUACAGCCUAGCCAAGUUAGAUCACAUUGCUUUAAAUAAAAAGUAUGGAGCCGCUAUGGAGAAUUGGGGAUUAAUUAUGUAUAAAGAAAGUUUUUUACUCUACGACGAUGAGGCAGAUUCUCAAGUAAAAUUUAAAGGAUUCCUCACUUUAGCUCACGAAAUUGCUCAUCAAUGGUUCGGUAAUUUGGUCUCACCCAUAUGGUGGACAUAUGCAUGGUUAACAGAAGGCUUUGCUACCUAUUUUUCCUAUAUAAUCAUUGACUUGCUUCAUCCCGAAUUUCAAUCGAUGGAAUACUUUCUGGUUGAAAUUGCUGCUAAGGCUUACAGUUACAAUGAAUACAGUAUGCGUCCACAUCCAAUGACUUACUACGUUGAAAAUGAAAACGAUAUUCGUUCGGUAUUUGAUAUUAUUUCAUAUCAAAAAGCCGCAUGCGUUAUUAAAAUGUUUCAUCAUGCUUUCAACCAAAGGACCUUUAUGCGAGGCAUUAACCACUAUUUGAUCAAACAUCAAUAUUCAGUUGUUAAUGAAUACGAUCUAUUUGAGAGUCUGCAAAACGCAGUAAGCGACGAGUCCUUGGUAAAUAAAUACAGCUGGACGAACUCCGUAUCGGAAAUUCUGCUUUCUUGGUCUCAUAACAAAUGGAUUCCAAUCGUAACUGUACAGCGGAAUUAUGAUGCCAAUAGCAUUACUAUACGUCAGAAAUCGAAAAAUAUUGAAUCCAUUCAUUACUUUUGGAUACCUCUGAAUUUCGCUUCGGCUUCGGAUUAUAAUUUUGAGAGGACUACAGUCGAUUACUUUAUGCCUCCCGUAAAAGAAAUAACUUUAAAUGCUUCCGAUUUGAAUAUUAUGCUCAGUAAUGAUGAUUGGCUGAUUGUAAAUAAACAACAGACGGGUUUCUAUCAUGUCCUUUAUGACGAUGAAAACUUGAUGAAAAUCGUACAGGCAUUGCAAGAAAAUCAUUUACUAAUUCAUGAACUAAAUCGAGCGGACAUUUUUCAAAAUAUACAACCUCGCAUAGAACACUACGAUAUACAAUCGGCUGAAGUGAUCUUUGAAUUGUUAAAAUAUUUGCAUUAUGAGGAGAGUUUGCUAGUUUGGAAUUUUGCGACACCCAUUGUCGAUUUGCUUGGCCGCAAUCUGUAUGGUACAGCAACUCAUGAAUAUUACGAGAAAUUCAUACGAUAUUUAGUUGCUCCAGUUUAUAAUCGAUUAUUUAACAAACCGACUAUCGAUGAUGAGCUUACCGUUAUGGAAUUAACCACACAACAAAGUAUAUUGUCUUUGGCAUGCGAAUUCGAUUUGCCUGAGUGCAUAAAGCACACUCAACGUCUGGCCGAGGAUCGUAUAUUUCGUAAUGUUCAAGUAAACAGCAAUUCAUUUAUGAGCGAUGCAGUUAUUUGUGCCGGAAUGCGUUAUUUAAACGAUAGUCAAUUUGAUGCAAUUCUUGAGGUUCUUUCGAAAUCCGCCUCUCAGGAUUAUUUGCUUUACGCCAUACCAUGCACUCAAAAUGAAAGGCAUAUGCAAAAGUAUUUAAAAUAUUUAAUCAGCGCCGAUAUCGUUAAUAUUAAUAUGAAUAUAUCGGAUUCACUUAUAAAUAUCUUCUAUAUGUUUAAAUCGAAUAUGGCUGCCCGUCCAAUUAUAUGGCGAUUUAUUGAACAUCAUUAUAAAUCACUUAUCUCUGCGCCAUUUUUCUUAGAAAUGUUUAAUCGUUUAUCGGAAUACGUUCACACCGAGCAUUUCAAACAGUACAGAGAUUUGCAUCAACAAAUUACAAUAGCAUUGCGAGACUUUAAUGAUAUGGAGAACAAAACGCUAAUUGCUGCGGAUUCAUCUCGCAUAGGACGGAAAGUUAAGACAACUGAAUCUUUCUUGCAAAGAUUUGGCACCGAAAUCCAUGAAUGGCUGCAGCAUAAUCAAUUUCCAGUUUUUUAUGCAUCUAUAGCGAAAAAGAACAAAGCCUCCAAACAGCAUCCACGUAUUCUUUGGAUAGCCAGUAAUUUAUUUAAAACACUUUUAAUGUAUUUCACACUUGAAGUAGGUGUGAUUCUGAUAAUCUGCUCCAGUCUUGCAGUCUUCGCUCAGUUUGAGAACAAAAAAGGUACCGAUCUCAACUAUAUACCCUAUGGUGAAUUCAUGGAAAAAGAUAGUCCCGAUAUCAAUUAUCGGUUGCCAGAUGAUCUAAGACCAGAUCAUUACGAUAUCAAUUUACGACCUUAUCUAUUGGAAUCGGAUAAAGAAAACCGUUUCACAUUUGAUGGCGAAGUCUUUAUUAAUAUAACUGUUCUUAAGCGAACAAAUAAAAUUGUCUUACAUAGCAAAAACUUGAAGUUUUCUAAAAGUGAAUAUUGUGAAGACAUUAACAAGCCACUGAACUGUACCAGUUUCGUGGAGGCUGAUCCCGACAAUAAAACCGACAUUGUUACAUACAUUUUAAACAAAGAAUUGCAAGUUAAUAGUGUUUACAUUUUACAUUUUAAGUAUAAGGGUUCAAUGGAUAACGAUAUGCAUGGAUUUUAUCGUAGCUCAUAUACUAAUUCCAAAAAUGAAACCGAAUGGCUUGGUACAACACAAUUUCAAACCAAUCAUGCGCGACGCGCUUUUCCAAGUUUCGAUGAACCCAAAUUUAAGUCAACUUUCAAAGUUACUAUUACCCGUCACAAAAGCAUGAAAACCGCCAGUAACACGAAUAUGCUGAGAGCAUCUAAUGUUGGAGAUUAUUACGAGGAUGAAUACGAGACAACUCCAAUAAUGUCUACCUAUUUGCUAGCGUUCAUAGUGUCUAGGUUUACUGAACGUACCGAUGAUAACGGGUCUUUCGGAAUAUUAGCAAGACCUGACUAUUAUGCGCAAACUGAAUAUAGUUUCGUUGUAGGGCAAGAAAUUUUAGAAAUAUUGGAUAAAUAUUUCGAUUUGCCUUUUUACACUCUCGGCAUUGAUAAAAUGCAAAUGGCUGCUAUUCCUGAUUUUUCUGCCGGCGCCAUGGAAAACUGGGGUCUCUUAACCUACAGGGAGAGAUUGCUUUUGUAUACAGAGGAGGGUACGACAUUACAUGUUAAACAACAGAUCGCUGCUGUUAUAGCUCAUGAACAGGCCCAUCAAUGGUUUGGUAACUUAGUGACUUGCGACUGGUGGAGUUAUGCUUGGUUAAACGAAGGUUUUGCCCGAUAUUUCCAGUACUUUGCAACAGAUAAAGUUGAGGAAGAAUUUGAAUUAGAUAAGCAAUUCGUAACGGAACAAAUCCAAUCAGUUAUGGUUAAGGACUCUAUGAAUGACACAAAUCCUUUGUCUGAUGAAAAUACCAACACGCCCUCAGAUUUAAAUCGUAUGUUUAAUUCCAUCAGCUAUAAUAAGGGAGCGACGUUUAUACGUACGGUUAGACACAUUAUGGGAGAAGAGAAAUUCCAGAAAUCAUUGCAAGACUAUCUUAAAACAUAUCGGUAUCAAAAUACUAUACCUCAAAAUUUAUUUGAUACUUGGAAAAAGUAUAUGGAUGAUGAGGAGGCUGAUGAUUUCUUCUUGAAAUUUACAACACAAGUCGGUUAUCCGGUUAUAACUUUUAAUUUGACUUCUCCGAAAACGUUAGAGAUAAGUCAGAAAAGAUUUCUGUUGAAAGACAAUGACGGUUCCGAUCCAACCUUGCGUUAUGUUGUUCCGAUUACCUACACAACUGAUAGCGAAAAAGAUUUUAAUAACACUCAACCCAAGUUCUUUAUUCGGCCAGUAGAUGCUAAUAAAAUCGUAGAAUUAAAUGAUAACGUUUCUUGGGUUAUUGGUAACAUCCAAGUGACAGGCUAUUAUCGGAUGAAUUAUGAUGAGAAAACUUGGCAUAAAAUUCAUCAUGCACUCUUCGAAGAUCACUGGAGUAAUAUACCCGAUGUGAAUCGGGCUCAAAUUGUCGAUGAUCUCUUCAAUUUGGCUCGAUCUGGUACAAUUAGUUAUGACCUGGCUCUUGACGUAUUAGAGUAUUUAGAAACGGAAACCGAUUAUUUGCCUUGGUUUGCUGCUUUAAAUGGUUACAGUUUUCUUGCUGUUCGCUUGGGCACAGAUACGAGCAACUUUGCCUCGUAUUUUCUGCAUUUAAGCGAUAGAGCUUAUCGUAAGUUGGGUUUCGAGGAAAACCAGAACGAUACAACUCUUGAUAUAUACAAUCGUGAACAAAUCCUUAAUUGGUCUUGCAAAUAUGGUAACAAAGAAUGCAUUGAGAAGAUUAAAGGAUAUUUCGGCAAAGAUUUAAUUAGAAAUCCAGUGCCAAUAAAUAUACGAGCCAUCGUUUACUGUGCGGCCAUGCGUGAAGGCGAUAAUCAAGAUUUCGAUAAACUUUUCGAUAAAUAUUUGAGCGAAACUGCGGCUACAGAGAAAACUUUAAUUUUAAAUUCGCUGGGCUGCGUUAAGGAUAACGGGCUGGUCAACAGAUAUUUUGAUGUAAUUAUGUCAAACGAAAUCCGUCGUCAGGAUAAAUCAAGUGCGCUUGCCAGCCUUUACAAUGAAAAUAAUGAAAAUGUUGAAGUGGUCUUCGAUUUAAUAGAUUCCAAUUUGAAUCAAUUCGUAGCGGCCAUGGGUGGUUAUUCGGCUGCUGCUACUUCUAUAACCGGUAUAGCAUCCCGCUUUACUGAGAAAUCGCAGGAGGAAAAGUUGAAAAACUUUAAUGCAAGGCAUAGAACAGAAUUCGGCGAUGCAGCCACCACAUUAGAUAUUGCUGAGAAAAUAGUUGCCGAAAACUUGGAAUGGGCGGAAAAUAAAUUAAAUACCUUUAAGAAUUACUUGGAAAGUCGGUCUAAAAGCACCAGUACCAGGAAUAGUGCAAAUACAAUAAUUAUCUAUAUAUUAGGUGCUUUUGCGCUUAUAGCACUGCUCAAAACGUAAUAAAAUUGUAAGACUUUAAA